UGUACAUGACUCAUAGUCUCAAGUAGCUACUUGCAAUUGAUAAGUAGAUGCAGCAAGAUGAGAGCGUUGACUGUUUGCCUGUGGAUACUGCACCUGUUGUUGAGUGGCACUACUGGUAUACCUACUUGCACUUAUGAUGGAGAUUAUGUGAUGCCCUCUUCCGAUGAAGUGCAGCUGCAAGUUGAUUGCCAUAGUAACCGGUCGGAUGUGUACUGGACCGUUGAGGCUAAUUCUGGAAGUGGGGAAAUCCUCAUUGAUUAUCAAUGUUCUAACGAUACACAGUUGAGUUACACAACUCUCCGCUCCACAAGGUUAAAAAGGAUCACUCUUGGUGGAAAAAAUUACAAAAUGUACGAAUAUGGGAAUGUCACCCAUCUGGUUUCCAAUGCCGUACUGCAGGAGAACACAACACUUGUGUGUCAUUAUUUUGGGUGCUUUAAGGACGACGACUAUUUCUACCCAUUUGAUGCUGUCAGUUGCACAUUUGGCGAGGAAGCUACUCCUAUAGUGGGACUGUCCCCUACAUCCACCACCCCAGCACCACCACUCUCUCUCCCCACGCCCUCAACCAGUGUUUCCUCUAGUGCAAUGAAUGCUGAGCUUGCAAUAGAUGCCACAGCUGUAACCAAACAUACCUUUCAACUGUUGAGCACCCCUCCCCCGUCUCCAUUAGCUACUACUACGUUUGUUACACCAGGCUCAAGCUCAGUGCAUGGGCAGCCCAGAAAAGGUCAUCCCAGCUCAACAACAGAGCAAACUUUGUCUGGCCAGUCUGUAUCCAGAUUCUUGGAAACUCCAGUGCCAUACAACCCAGCAAACCUCAGUUCAGCCCCUUCCCCGUCUCCAUUAGCUACUACUACGUUAGUUGCACCAGGCUCAAGCUCAGUGCAUGGGCAGCCCAGAAGAUAUCAUCCCAGCUCAACAACAGAGCAAACUUUGUCUGGCCAGUCUGUAUCCAAAUUCUUGGAAACUCCAGUGCCAUACAACCCAGCAAACCUCAGUUCAGAUAUACUGAUGAAGGUGUGGGUGGCAGUGGUGUGCGUGGCUCUAGCCUUCGUGAUCAUUGGAGGUGUCUUGAUACUCAUAGUGAUCAGGAAAUACUACUUGAGGCUCUACAGAGAGUAUCACUAUCCACUCAAAGUCAUUCCUGGCUUAAAUGAUGACCACAAGAUUGACCUUGAUUUCUCCCCUGUGAUGGUACUGGACCACCCCCAACUAUCGCGCUCUCCGUCAGCCUACUCCACAUUCACAAUACUGGACAAAUUUGGCCAAUCUCCACCUGAAACCCCAAAAGCCGUAUCCAUGACAUCAUUGCAAAGACAAUACCUCUAUGAUAUGACAAAUUCUCUGGAGCUCGAGUUACCUGGGCAGGAAUUUAAGAACACGUUUCCGAGAUAUGGUUCACUGCACUUUGCUUGUUUGGACGGUAGAGAUUAUGUACAGCUGUACCCGAACGAUGCGAGUGGGUUUAGUGGCUCAGAUAUGCACUCGUAUUUCUCUGUAUCUCAACUGGCAGAUCAAGAGGGUAUAACACAAGAUGAGCUAAAUAUCGAAGAUUCUUCUGUAGUGAACAAAUUGAAUGUGCAAGAGAAUAAUCAUAUUAAUGUGAUAGAUCUUGAGUUUUCAUCAAAUGACCGAGACAAUUUAAGCUCAUUUUGUCCACUUGCAGAGGUUGCUGUCAGUUUGUCAUCGAUUGAAGACCAUCACACGGAUGCAACCAUGCAUGACUGUGAAACUCAAUGUACUAUGCCUGAUAGAUAGCUUAUGUAUAUGAUGGACACUAAUUUUAAUGUCAACAUUCUUGGGUUACCCCAUAUAUAUACCAUUUUGGAGCUUUA